CUUUCCGAACGACGCCCGCCGAGGUGUACGCAGCUGCCCAGCCAGUCCUUGGAGAGCCAGAGGCGGGUGCCGAGUCACGAAGACACCGACAGCCCGAGGAGGUGAGCGAGAGGCGGAGAGCGGCUCCGAGCGCAGCCGGGCGUAUCGGCACCAUGUCGCAGCUGUCAUUGUCUGACGAGAUGCCACAGUCCCCCCGCCGGAGCAAGGCCUGCCGCCGCCUCUUCGGCCCUGUGGACAGCGAGCAGCUGCGCCGUGACUGUGAUGCGCUGAUGGCCAGCUGCCUGCAGGAAGCCCGGGAGCGCUGGAACUUCGACUUUGUCACCGAGACGCCACUGGAGGGCAACUUUGCCUGGGAGCGUGUGCGGGGCCUGGGCCUGCCCAAGCUUUACCUUUCCCCAGGGCCCCGGAAUGGCCAUGAUGACCUGGGAGGUGGUAAGCUGCCUGGCCCCUCAGCGGUCCUGCUGCCGGGCUCAGCUCAGGAGGAUCACGUGGCCCUGUCGCUGUCCUGCACCCUCGUGCCUCACUCCCCUGAGCGGCCGGAGGAUUCCCCAGGUGCACCUGGCAGCUCUCAGGGACGAAAGCGGCGGCAGACCAGCAUGACAGAUUUCUACCACUCCAAACGCCGGCUCGUCUUCUCCCGGAGGAAGCCCUGAUGGGUCUGCUGGAGACUGCCGCUCCUGGAAGCCCAGGGGCCCCUUGAAGGCUCCCUUGCUCCUCUCUGCCUCCCUUGGCCCUUCCCUAUGUGUGUCUUAAUUAUUAUUUGUGUUUUAAUUUAAACUCUCCCUCAUGUACAUACCUGGGUUGCCCUGACUCCCCUCUCCCAGCCUCUGGCAUUAGACUUAUUUAAGAAGAAAUUAGGCAGUAGAGUAAUAGGUGCCCCCAGAGUGUUGGGUGUUUUUAUUAUAUGAACUGUUAUUUAACGCCUUCUGUCCUACGCCUUUGUCUAUAGGUGACCUGGGGCUGGCUCCUUCCCAGGCCAGCACCCGUCCCCAGCCCCGGCCCUUCCCUGAAUUCUCAGCGUGAAUUCCUUGAGAAGGAAACUCCCAGCACUUUGGAGGGGGACCAUCCCCGAGAACUACAGGGUCUCCUCGCCUCCUCUAAGGUUGCACAGGGGACUCUGAGCUGGGCACAGCCUAAACAGACCUGGGGACUCAGUGUCCUGCUGGCCCUAAAGCCCUCUCUGUUUUUGGAAAGAAAGGGUCCUGUAGCAGCCCCUUCUCUGGCCACUGGGGAGCCUGCUCCUCACCCCACCCCCAGCAGCUACCCCUCAUUUCCAUUAGGGCUCUAAUGUCCCUCCUGCUGCUCUCUCUCCUCCCUGCCCUCCCCUGUCCCCCCAGUGCUCUCCUAGCUCCAGGUAGCUUGGUGGCCAGGAAGGGCAAGCAGUCAGGCAACCCAGGCCUGCCUCUGUGGUGGCCUGGGGGUGGGGUCCUGCCUCGUGGGAUGGCCUCCCGCAGUGGGGAUCUCCGUGAGUCGGUGCUUGUGGAAAGUGGGUUUUUUAGGAGGAAGACCCCUGUCCCUGGAAGUCUGUCUGCCCCAUCCCCUCCCCAUCUCAUUGCACUUUGAGUAGCAGCUGAACAAGGAGCAGGGCAGAGGCUGUGGAGGACACACUGGGUGGGGCUGGGAGUGGUGGCUUUGUGUCGCUGGAGGUGCUGAAGCAGUUAGUGGUUCUGAUCCCAAGCCCCUUCCAGCUCCUGUGAUGUCCUGGCCUGGAAUAUUUGUGUCCCUCCCCACAUGUCCUAGUGCCCUUGUCUCUCCACCUAGACCACACACCUCUCAGGGGGCAGGGACUACGCCCCCUUCUUUCCUGUGUCCUUCACAGCCCCUACCCCAAUGCUGAGUAUACAGCAGGUGCUCAAUAAAUAUUCCUUAA